AGUAAUGUUUCAUUGUUUCGUAUGUCUCCUAGUACUUUGGCGGGAAAGUGCCCUGCUACCCUCCUUAUCAUUAGGAUAUUCCUUUGACGGUAAUGCCCAGAGACCUGGAACGUUUCAGUUAAUUCAGUCAUACUUUAUUAUUAUUACUCGGUUUGACUUGGCAAAGACAUUUCUAUCCUCUCUUGGGCAAUUCAUCAAACGGUUGAUGUGCCAACAAACUACUACUAGUCAACCAUUCCACGGAGCCACGCUUGGGCCGGCAGACGGCGGCUUAAUUGCGGUGUCCAAUCAUUCCUCAUUCAUCAAUCUAUCAUUGGGUGCACUACACAGGUAAACUACAAAUCAAAUCCCACUUGGUUCUUCCCCUACCCAGGUCUCCACUCCCCCUUGAAUAAACGAAGUCAAAAGCGAAGCAUGUAAGAAGUAAGAACUUUGAGUACUUUCUACUUCCACCAUGAUUCCAAUCUCAAUCGUUCAUCACCCUUUUACUAUUUAUUUCAGAAUCGAAAAUGGCAUCUGCCCAUGUUCAGAUUUCAGAUUUUGGACUUUGGGAAUUGAAAGAAUAUUAAAAGAAGCGAAAAAAUACCCAGAGAAGAGAGGGAGAGAGAGUCAGAGACGAAAAAAGAGGAAAAGAGGGAAAGAGGUAUGAAAACUGAACCAGUUAAACCUUCCUCAACUCAGAGCCGACUUGGUAAAACUAAGACAGACGAUCGCUUGCUUACAAGGACUCUUUCUCCAAAAAAUUAUAUCCACUUUCCGGGUCUUUUCUUCUCACUCUCUGCUUUCCUGGGUUUCUUCCAUCAUCUUAGCAUUCUCUCGAUUCUAUGCUUAGAAUCGUUCAAUUUGAUAUCUUCUUGUUCAGUUCCUAUAGCUUAUGAAUUAUAUCUUCAGUGGAGUUUUUUCAUUAUAUAUCCCUUCUUUUUUCUAUUUAAGACUUCAGAGAGGUUUUUCAGUUUCUCUGUAUCUAUGUUUCCUUUGGUUAUUUUAGAAUUCUGGGUUGGUCUGUUUUGUGUUGUCUACGGUGCAAUUGCCCAACACAUCUCAAUUGAAGAUCCCUUUUCACGCCUGUUUCCGAAUUUUUUGCCUUUUCGUUGACUUCACUUGUGUAGACAAAACUGGUUAGAAUUUCCAGAUUGAAAGAGCUAAAGCGAAGAUAAAUCUUCCUUAUCUUAGCUACCGGUGUUGGCAUCAAUUGGAGUUGAUCACUCUUGACAAUUUCUGACCAUGUACAGAGUGAGAAUAAGCUUGUUCUACUUCUAUGGCCUUCAUCUUAUUGUCUUAGAGAAUUCAGAUUUCUCUGCUGUUAAUGCUUCUGAUAAAAUCGUAUCUCAAUGUUGAAAGUAAAAGAAAUUUUUGGAAGGAAUUGAGCUUGAGAGUGGUUUCAGAUGGGGAACACUUGUGUAGGACCAAGUAUUACCAAACAUGGAUUUUUAGAAUCGGUUUCAGCCUAUAUGUGGCGUUCUCCAACGCCCUCUGGUGAGGAGAUUUCUCCUAAAAGGCAAGAAGUCGUCAGUGAGACACCAUCUGACAGGAAAGAGCCUGAAGCUCCUCCCCCUGUCCCAAACAAACCCCCUGAACUGGUGAUGAUCCCCAAAGAGGAAACUAAGCCAUCACCUCCUCCAGCACAGCCUGUCAAACCCAAGAAGCCACAUCAUAGAAGAACAGAGAGUGCAGGACUCCUGGUAGGCUCGGUGUUACAGAGGAAAACUGGAAAUUUAAAGGAUUUCUACAGCUUGGGGCGUAAGCUUGGACAAGGGCAGUUUGGGACAACUUACCUGUGUGUGGAGAAAGCAACCGGAAGAGAGUAUGCCUGCAAAUCAAUCUCGAAAAGGAAACUGAUUACAGAAGGGGAUGUAGAGGACGUGAGAAGGGAAAUUCAGAUAAUGCACCACUUGGCAGGACAUCCCAAUGUUAUCUCGAUCAAAGGAGCUUAUGAGGAUGCUGUUGCUGUUCAUGUUAUCAUGGAAUUGUGUGCAGGGGGUGAGCUAUUUGAUCGGAUCGUUCAGAAGGGCCAUUAUACAGAGAGAAAGGCUGCUGAACUUGCUAGGAUUAUAAUUGGUGUGGUGCAAGCCUGCCAUUCUCUGGGUGUCAUGCAUCGAGACCUUAAGCCUGAGAAUUUUCUCUUGGCGAGUAAGGAGGAGGAUUCUCCUCUUAAGGCAAUUGACUUUGGGUUGUCUAUAUUCUUCAAGCCAGGGGAAACUUUUUAUGAUGUUGUUGGCAGCCCUUAUUACGUUGCCCCAGAAGUUCUGAGAAAGCGUUAUGGUCCAGAAGCUGAUGUUUGGAGUGUUGGGGUAAUCACUUACAUUCUGUUAAGUGGGGUCCCUCCGUUUUGGGCUGAAACCGAGCAAGAGAUAUUUCAACAGAUCUUGCAUGGUCAUCUUGACUUUUCAUCAGACCCCUGGCCUAGAAUCUCAGGAGACGCAAAAGAUUUAAUUAGGAAAAUGCUUGUCAGAGACCCCAAAAAGCGGCUAACUGUUCAUCAAGUUAUUUCUCACCCUUGGAUCCAUGUUGACGGUGUGGCCCCGGAUAAGCCUCUUGAUUCUGCAGUUCUCACCCAAUUAAAGCACUUUUCAGCCAUGAACAAGCUAAAGAAAAUGGCACUGAGAGUCAUUGCAGACAAUCUCUCGGAAGACGAGAUUGCUGGCCUAAAAGAAAUGUUCAAGAUGAUAGACACAGAUAAUAGUGGCCAAAUCACUUUCGAAGAACUCAAGGUUGGAUUAAGAAGGGUUGGUGCGAAUCUGAAGGAGUCCGAAAUAUAUGAUCUAAUGAAAGCAGCAGAUGUGGACAAUAGUGGGACAAUUGAUUAUGGGGAGUUCAUAGCUGCAACAUUACAUUUCAAUAAAAUUGAGAGGGAAGAUCAUCUAUUUGCUGCUUUCUCUUACUUCGACAGAGAUGGUAGUGGUUAUAUCACCCAAGAUGAGCUUCAACAAGCCUGUGAGGAGUUUGGAAUAGAGGAUACUCACCUGGAAGAAAUGAUCCAAGAGGCAGAUCAGGACAAUGAUGGACGUAUAGAUUACAAUGAGUUUGUUGCGAUGAUGCAAAAGGGAAAUACUGUAGCAAAUGCUGGCUUCAAUAAGAAAGACUUAGACCAUACUUUCAGCAUUGGAUUUAGGCAGACUCUGCAGCUUUGAUGACAGAGACAGUGGUGAGGAUUUUUUCUCUCUCUCCCCUCCCCCCUCCCCCCUCUUCCCAUUUGUAUUGUAGAUGUGAUAUCAACUUUUAAGUUGUAAAGAUCAGCUAUUGCAAAUAGAGAGAGAAAGCAUUGUUCAAAUGUCAAACUUAUUCAUAGUUGUGUCAUAAUGAAUUUUGCAUUUUUAAUAGACUUCACCAUCUCCAUUUUCUUGUA